CAUAAGCGCCACACUUAAAAUCUACCCUAAUUAUUUCUUAACGUUUUAUUUUCUACCUUAAUGUAACAAGUUCCGGUCUGUAACCUUAGCAAAGGCAAACACGUCUGUAUUAAACAUGUCAGUACAUCAUUAGCAGUUCAGCAGUGAACUUUAGCCGUAGUUUAGUAGCUUCGACUCCCUGUUGCUCUGAAGGAACAGCGGUUAAAAUGAUUCCUCAUAUAAACAUCAGAAACGCGUUUGCAAAUGUGCCACAUGUUACUGUCGCCAUUGUCAUGACCGUAGUUUUAAAUGUCGGGUUUUGUCGCAGUACUGACAUUAAUGCAGGUAAAUGUGUGGUGUGGGGUCCCGGACUGAAUCCUCAUGUUGUUCUUCCUGUCAGAUACUUUUACAUUCAGACUGUCGACUCACGAGGACAAAACAUCACCGUCUCUCCUGCUAAAGACUCUUUCAGAGUGAAGAUCUCGUCUCUGGAGAAUGAGUAUGUUCGUGUUCAUGUUCCAGCACCGCUGGAUCGGGGCGACGGCUCUCUGCUGGUCAGAUACCGCCUCUACGGAAGCUCUUUGAAGGGUCUGAAGGUUGAAGUCUUAUAUCAAGACAAACCUGUGGCAAACUCACCAUACACUCUUAGGGGUCCCGUGUAUCAUGAGUACUGUGACUGUCCCGAGCCGGAGGCGGGUGUCUGGCGGAGCGUCCUGCAGUGUCCGGAGGAGGAGCCCCAGAUCCGGCAGGACUUCAGCUCGUUCCCGUCGAUCGACCUGCAGCAGCUCCUGCAGGAGGUUCCUCAGCGUUUCGCCAAGCGAGGUGGACUCAUUCACUACACCGUCGUCAAUAACCAGGUGCACCGCCGCUCACUGGGCAAAUACACCGACUUCAAGAUGUUCUCUGAUGAGAUGCUGCUCUCCCUCGCACGAAAAGUGAGAUUACCGGAUGUGGAGUUUUAUAUUAAUGUGGGAGACUGGCCGAUGGAGAACAGGAAGGUGAGUGACAAACCCGGACCGGUGCCCAUUAUCUCAUGGUGCGGCUCCACGGACACGCGGGACAUCAUUCUCCCCACCUAUGACAUCACACACUCGUCUUUAGAGGCCAUGAGAGGCGUCACCAAUGACCUGCUGUCGGUCCAGGGGAACACAGGUCCCGUGUGGUCGGAUAAAUUGGACAAGGCGUUCUUCAGGGGCCGGGACAGUCGUGAGGAGCGCUUGCGUCUGGUAACCAUGUCCAAACAAAAUCCAGAGCUGCUUGACGCGGGAAUAACAGCGUAUUUUUUCUUCCGCGACCGGGAGAAUGAUCUCGGAAAAGCGCCGCUGGUGGGAUUCUUUGACUUCUUUAAGUACAAAUACCAGGUGAAUGUGGACGGGACGGUAGCGGCCUACAGGUUUCCGUACCUGAUGCUGGGCGACAGCUUAGUCCUCAAGCAGGAUUCGCCGUACUACGAGCACUUUUACGCGCAUCUGAGAGCAGGUGUGCACUACAUCCCUGUAAAGAGGGACCUUUCUGACCUCAUGGAGAAGAUCAGAUGGGCUCAGAAGAAUGACACCCAGGCAGAGGCCAUAGCGAAGGCAGGACAGUCUCUGGUCAGAGAUCUGCUGCAGCCUCACAGACUCUACUGCUACUACCACACCGUGUUUCAGACGUACGCAGCUCGUCAGAGCACACGGCCUGUAGUUCAUCCCGACAUGGAGCUCGUGCCUCAACCGUCUGAUCACACGGCUCUGUGUAGCUGCCACAGAUCAUCAGAGGAGCACAAACCCCAGCAGAAAGAUGAGCUCUGAUAAAAUCAUCUUCAACCCUUACAGCUCCUGCUCCACCAAAGAAAAAGCAAACUGCCUGAAACAAGUGCCACAUAAGAAAAGAAAUAAUACUGAAUGGAACACACACACAAAACAUUCAAACAGUGACACUGAAUCAGUAUUAAGGAUGAAAGAAGGCUGAGUUUGGCUAGUAGUGAAAUGUUUAACAGAUUAUCACGUGCAUUAAUCCCACUUUUAAAUAUUUUUUUCCUCCUUUUUUUUUUUUUUUUUACACUUUGCAGCUAAUUUCUAAUGUCUAUUUUCUCCACAGAACAGAGUUUUUUUUGUUUGUUUUUAAAAAUCAAAUAUCUUUUUUUCCAUUGUUUACUCUUGCUAGGAUUUAUUUAUAUGUAAAACAAGGUUGAUAAAUAUCAUGUGAAAUGAGCCUGUGAACCCUAUGAAGGGGCUAGUUUUGUUUUUAAACUUUCUUACAAAUGCUUUCAAAUGAAGCUUGUGUCAGCUAAGCAUUAUUUUGUAUGUGGGCUGCGCUGAAGGUCAUUGCUCAUGGAGAACAUCAUAACCUCAUAACCCAACACUACGAUAUUAUGUCAAAUGUGCAGCUUAUAUGUCAGAAUGGACCGCUGUGCUGCUCGUGGUCACAGAAGCAGCGGUUUGACAUUCACAAUGUGGAGUUUGGACUCAAACCUCCCUCAAAUAUCUGUGUCCAUGAGAACAAAGUGAAGUCUGACUGAAAUGAUGUUUAGUGUUUGCUUUUUGCUUGUACACAUUGCAUUGGUUUCAGUGUUUAUUUGUGCCAGACCAGCUCAAUCUCACUGGAAAACGUAACUAUUUUACCAGGUACUGAUUUUUAAAAUGAAUUUGUACAAUGUGACAAAAACAUUUUUAAAAAAUAAGCAUGAAGGCCAUCCUUACUGUAAGUGGGGUACGAGUGGAUUAGACAAAAUUUCACAAAUGAGAUCAUACAAAUUAGCCACCAAUUUACCAAAAUGAAAAAUAGUUACAAAUUGCCAUGAGAUUGUGACGUCAUGUAUUGUAACUGACAGUGAGCUGUUGUUCAUGACUCAAGGAUUUUUUGUUGUUUAAAUUUGAACUAUGCGAUUGAUUUUCUAUUGUGAUCUGGACAUCAUUUUGUAUUGGUAUUUUUAUGUAAGCAUUAAAGAAAAAUAAAACAUUUGCUGAAAAUUUACUCAUCGUCAGGCUACGGAGAAGAUUCUUCCUCAGAAGAGAUCCGAGUAGUGCAGCAUUAAAUCCCUUGCUCGCUGUGGUGAACAGGUGCCGUCAAACACCAGAAAUCAGAAACAAUUACAAGAAAUACGAAAUUGUGAUUAUGAACUCACAACUUCAUGAAGAGAUUCAGUGUUUACGUUAGGUGUGCGGUGCGUGUGCUGAUAUUUUGUCAUGUAAUGCACAUGUAAGUGAACAUGAAUCUGAAUGCAAAAAUGUAAACUGAACUUUCAAUGUUUGUUAGGAGACUGGAUUAAUUUGGAGAUGAAAAAAAAAUAGUACAUGUAAUGAGAAGGUAGGACUGAUGAUUCCAUCCAUAUACAGUAAUAUUAGUGAACCAUCAGAAAUUGAUGCACUCAAAUGGAUGUAUUCUUGAUUUGACUCAUUCAGCUCAUGUUAAA